AUGGUGGCACAAUGGGAUGUGGAGGUGGAACAAAUGGAUGUGAAUACAACCUUCCUUCAUGGAGGCUUAGAGGAAGACAUCUAUAUGAGUCAACCUCAAGGUUUCAUUGAAGCAAGUAAAGGAAAUCUGGUUUGUAGGUUGAAGAAGUCAUUAUAUGGGCUUAAGCAAUCUCCAAGACAGUGGUACAAACGCUUUGACACCUAUAUGUUGCGGAUUAGGUAUAGAAGAUGUGAAUCGGAUUGUUUCCUGUGCUCUCGUGUGUUCAAGGAUAGGAAGAUCAUCAUGUUGAUACUUUAUGUAGAUGAUGUGGAGAGACCUUCGGACGAAUUCCCUCGACUAGGUCCUGAUGCUUUGAUUGCUAUAGAGGGUAGCUAUUCCAUUUCCUUUAUGGUUUGCUCAGUCCCUAGUAGCGAGAUCCAUUUGUUUUACUCCCUUUAUAUUUGCUUGAUUCACAAGGAAGAAUUGUGUUUGCUUGCUUUUCUUCAACCCUUGAGCCGAGCAUUUCAUCGCCAUUACCUAAUCGCAGUUGAUCUGGCCGACACUGCCCCCAAGGAUUGGGUAGCGGAUUUUCUGAUGUAUGGCGGAGGUGAUGGCGUUGAUCUUGCUGAUCCAUGGUCUGCACAAAAUGCCGUUGUAGGGUGA